AUGGGGCUUGCUCAGGAGCACAACCCUCACAACAUGAAGGCCGACUGGCAGACCAAGGACCCUUCAACGUGGAACGUCUUCCAAAAGUUCAUGACCGCCAUCGACAUCUCGCCCGUCAUCCCCGGCAAGCCGCUGCCCGUCUUCCCCAAGACCGCCAAGAUGCCCUUCAUGGCGCAGUGGUCGCAGCACCUCUUCAUCCUCGUCUACGCCGCCAUCCCGCUGCUGCUGCACCAGGCCUACGUCUCCUACACGGGCGCGCCCCUCGGCAAGCUCGCCGUCAUCCUGCUCUACAACACCGCCUACGUGCUGACCGCCGUCCGCGAGGUCCGCAUGCUCCGCCGGCUGACCUACCUCCACGGCUGCCUGGACGGCGACGUCGCCGACCGUGACGGCAUCCCCAACACGGGCGCCGGCAAGAUCAUCGGCGAGAUGCACAAGACGGCCGGCUUCCGCCUCAUCAUGGCCACCUGGAUCGCCUACGAGCCGGGCCUCUCUCCCUUCGACUUCUUCUCCGGCGGCGGCGCCUCCGUCUGGGCGCCGCUCCUCCUCAAGCUCGCCCUCUACGGGCCCGUCCUCGACUUCUUCUUCUACACCUACCACCGCGCCUGCCACGAGGUGCCCUGGCUGUGGAAGUACCACCGCACGCACCACCUCAACAAGCACCCGACCGCGCUGCACUCGGGCUUCGCCGACGACGAGCAGGAGAUCAUCGAGAUCGUCAUCGUGCCGUUCCUCACCUACGCCACGCUCUGGGCGCUCGGGCUCAAGCUCAACUUUUACGAGUGGUGGGUGUGCUUCGAGUACGUCACCUACUCGGAGAUCUUUGGCCACAGCGGGCUGCGCGUCUACGGCACGGUGCCGUCGCCGGUCACGCCGCUGCUCACCUGGCUCGACAUGGAGCUGCUGCUCGAGGACCACGACCUGCAUCAUCGUCGUGGCUGGAAGAAGAGCUUCAACUACGGCAAGCAGACGCGCGUCUGGGACCGCAUCUUCGGGACCUGCACGGACCGCAUCGAGGCCACGGCGGACAAUGUCGAGUUUUCCAAAACGGUCAACAUGCCGCUGUUUUGA